AUGCUAAGUAAAUAUAAAACUUUCUCCUUUUGCUCAACUCUCUAUUCAAAAUUAGGAGUGUCACCUAAUGACUCUAUUGAUACCAUUAAAUCAGCCUACAUCAAAUUGGCUAAACUAUAUCAUCCUGAUGUGAAUUUUGCUUAGAAAGAAUAGGAGUUUAAAGAAAUUACAAAUGCAUACAAUAUUUUGAAAGACCCUAUUAAAAGGAAACUUUAUGACUAAUCAAUAGAUGUCUAAUAGCAUUCUAGCAACUAGGGUCAUCAUGAAAGUAAUCAAGAGAAGCAAUACUAUAAUAAUCCUGGAUGGCAAUAUAAUGGAGAAUAAUAGAGAUAAUGGCAUGAAAAUAAUACUCAGAAAAAUACCUAUCAACAGAGAACUUAUAAAUACACUCAGUCAUAAAAUAAUACCAAUCAGAUCUAUGGACUAUUAGCCAUAGGCGGAAUUUCUAUAGUUUUUUGGUCUAUUGUGUCGGAUGAUGAUUAUUCUGAAAAACCCAAGAUACUCAAGCCUGCACCUGCCUCUAUUAAAAUUAGUGACAAUCCUACAUCAUAUGCAGAACUCAAAUAAAUUUAUGAUUCAAUUGAAUAAAAUGAUAGUAAAAAGAUGCAAAGAUAUUACACUCAUAAAUCUGAGGAAGACUAGACUGAACUAAGAAGAUAGAAUGUCAUUUAUCAGGGAUAGAAUUUGAAUGAUUCUCCAUUUAUCAUAGAAUAGAGAAGAAAGAUGAUGAAUGAGGAGAUGAAAUAGAAGCAAUUUAAAAUUCAAGUGGAACAAUAUGAAAAGGUAAUUAAGGGAGAUUCCAAGAUACUCAAACGAAAAGAUUCAAAUCCCAAAAAGUCAGAGUUAAAAACUAAACAAGGAGAUUUAACCUUAUAAGGAUUUGCCAAACAAAACAAAUUGGAUAUCAAUAAAUCCAAUCCACCAUAACAGAAUCAAACCUUAAAUAUAAGCAUUGAGCAUUUAGAAUAAGGAUAUAUGUGA